GGUACGCGGAAAUUCUAGUCUUCAAUCAAUAUCGAACCAUGCAAGUGCUCCUUAUCAUUUUCCUCGGGUCAUCGUUAUCACUCGGCACUGACUCAGCCCGUAUACUUGGUGUUUUCCAAAUACCAGCCGUCAGCCAUCAAUGCGUAUUCCAGCCCAUCUGGAAAGAGUUGUCACUGAGAGGACAUGAGGUAGUGGUGGUAACACCAAAUCCACUGAGGAACGCAAGUUUGGUGAAUCUAACCGAGAUAGAAGUGAGUGAAACUCGCCAGAUUUUCGAAAGACAUGGUUUCCAGUUUUUCAUGAAUAAAGAAAACUACGUGCACACCAAGAUUGCCAAGCUGUUCGCACUGAACUACGAUCUUGCAGAAGCCAUAUUCAACAACAGAGACUUCCUGAGAAUCUACAAUGAUACCAACGCAGAAUUCGAUCUUAUCAUCACCCAAUCUUACAUCUCCCCGAUAUUCUAUAGCUUAGCAGCUAGGUUUCAAGCACCAUUGAUAGGUGUCGCCUCGAUGGGAGGAUACAUAGGCACAGACUUCGCUAUGGGCAAUCCUCAUCCACCCUCUUUAUACUCAGAGAUGUUUCUACCCUACCACGGUCAAAUGAGUAUGUACGAAAGAAUUAAAAGUACCCUUUUUUACCUGUGGGCUAAGUAUUACUUGACAUUUCACGCUAUGCCAAAGAGCGAUGCAAUAGCUAGGAAGUAUCUAGGGAAUGAUUUGCCUUACAUUGAGGACAUCGAAAGGAAUAUGAGCUUGCUCUUUUUGACCACGAAUCCCAUUCUGUAUUCUCCAAGGCCAACUGUGCCCACUAUAAUCAGUUUGGAGCAGAUGCAUAUAAAACCUGUUGGAGUAUUGCCACAGGACCUGCAAAAUUUCUUGGAUAAGGCCAAAGAAGGAGUGAUUUAUUUCAGCUUGGGUUCGAAUGUGAAAAGUGUAAACAUACCUGAACAUGUAAGGAAUACGUUGAUAGAGGCAUUUGCAGAACUCCCUUAUCAAGUGUUGUGGAAAUUCGAAGCAGACUCUCUACCUAACCAGCCGAAGAAUGUUAUGAUCCGUAAACUGCUGCCUCAACAAGAUGUCCUAGCACAUCCUAAUGUCAAAGUUUUUCUAACCCAAUGCGGACUUCAAUCGAUUGAAGAGGCUGUUUCAAGAGGAGUGCCUAUGGUUGGUAUUCCAUUUAUUGCUGACCAAACUAUGAAUAUCAAAAGAUUGCAAGGAUUCGAGGUAGCUUUAGGAAUUGACUAUCUCACAAUGACUAAGGAGGAGGUGAAGGAAAAAAUAAUUGAGGUUGCAGAAAAUCCCAAGUACAGAAACAACAUGAAAAAAUUGGCAUCAUUGUGGGUUGACCAACCCAUGAAGUCAUUGGACAGAGCGAUCUGGUGGAUAGAGUACGUCCUCAGGCAUAAAGGGACGAAACAUCUCAGGAGUCCAACUGUGGAUGUAUCGUGGAUCGAAUAUUUCAUGUUGGAUGUGAUUUUCAUUGCAAUUGUUAUCAGAUUGUGCAUUGUAUAUCUUGAAGUGAAGAUUUUCAAAUAUUUAUGGAAAUUGAUUUUCUGUUGGAGGAAAGAGAAAAUAAACUGACGUUGAAAU